AAGGCCACAGCGGCCAGCGCGCAUCGGAGCCGAGCCAACCACGGAAGUACGGAACCACCCCGCGGCAGUCAAUCACGCCCCGAAAAGAAAAACCCCCCCGGACCGUUCCGCUACCGCAGCCAAAUCGAGAUCUCCUCCCCGUGCCGAAUCCCACCCCUCCCGGACCCGGCCGACCGCCGCAUCGCAUCGGGCGGAGGAGCCGAAGAAGCACUGGAAGAGGAGAUGGCCUCGGCGCUGUCCUCCUUGCGCUACGGCGACAGCCUCUCGGUGGUGGCCAUCUCCGCCGCGACGGCCGUGCUCUGCGAGGCAAUCUCCUGGCUCCUCAUCUACCGCACCGCCACCUACAACUCCCUCCGCGCCUCCAUCGAGCGCCACUCCCGCAAGCUCGACGCCAUGAAGUCCGGCGCCGGCUCCUCCGCCUCCUCCUCCUCCUCCGGCGGCGGCGGAUCCUCCUCCGCGCAGCCCGCCUCGUCGCGGGCCAAGAAGAUGGACCGCGUCGAGACCAGCCUCAAGGACGCCGCGCGGGAGCUCUCGCUCGCCAAGCUCAAGUCGGGCGCCGUCGUCGCCGCCGUGCUCUUCGUCGUCUUCGGCCUCCUCAACUCGCUCUUCGAGGGCCGCACCGUCGCCAAGCUGCCCUUCGCGCCCGUGCCGCUCGUCCAGCGGAUGAGCCACCGAGGGCUGCCCGGGAACGACCCCACCGACUGCUCCAUGGUCUUCCUCUACUUCCUCUGCUCCAUGAGCAUCCGAACCAACCUCCAGAAGCUGCUUGGCUUCGCACCGCCACGCGCGGCUGCUGCGGCCGGCGGGGGCCUCUUCCCCAUGCCCGAUCCCAAAGUGAAUUGAGCUGUGUUUAUCACAACCAUGGGCUCAUCUGCGAGAAGAGUGAAUCUGAGCGAAGGAAUAUAAUCGUCGCCCUGGGAAGAACGUGAUGUAGACUGUACCAAUAGGCGUAUCAAAUUCAAUUUCCACAACUCACCGGUCUGCCUGUUGCAUCGGUGAUCUGCAAACGUGAAGGUUGACUUAUUUAUUGCAUAGGCUGAACAAAUGAACACGAAUUACUUGCUACCAGGCAGGAAGUGUGCAGCCUAAUUUUCUGCCUAAUUCUAUACUAGGAUUUGAUUGAGGUCUAAUACCAUCCUGAUCUACAGAGUGCUUUUAUAUUCACCGA